AUGACUCCGCACGCAACAAUCUUUCGGAGCUCUGGACAAACUCCGGUCGUGCCAACCAGAGCCGGCACAGGCUCACCGCCCGCUCAAAUGAGUCAAAAUGAGCCCGAUCUCGCCAAUCAUCGCGUUGACAUUGUAUGGAAAGACCCGCCGACUUCGGAUGGAGUUGGGGCGGCCUACGGGCCGUGGUUGGGCGAAACGCUCGGCUGA